GGGUGUCUCGCGGAGCAGCGUAAGCGGGGUCCUCUCUGUCGGCUCUGGCCCGUGCGGGGAGAGGGUUUUUGGCCGUGCGGAGGUUCGGAAGGGGGCCGCACGCGGGCGAAUGGUAAGCGUGCUUCGGUUUCGAGGAGCUCCCAAUAAGGUUGGAGGCGGCCUGGCGAUCUUGCGCGACCGCCUCGCUCCCGAUCUCGCGUUCACUCUUACACGCCGCCGGUUCGGCGCGAGAGGUGGGAUGGAGGCGGAGAAGACCACCUAUACUUUCGGGCCGUACAAGAUCGACCGCAGCGAGGUGUUCUACUCCACGCCGCUCUCCUACGCCAUGGUCAACCUCAAGCCUGUUCUCCCGGGUCAUGUGCUUAUAUGCCCAAGGCGUGAAGUGAAGCGCUUCGUUGAUCUCAGUGCUGAUGAGACUCGUGAUUUAUGGCUUGCUGCAAAAGAAGUUGGUGGACGGCUUGAGCGUUAUCAUGAGGCAUCCUCACUGACAUUUACAAUUCAAGAUGGACCUCAGGCUGGACAGACAGUUCCACAUGUGCACAUUCACAUUCUCCCUAGGAAAAGGGGAGAUUUUGAGAAAAAUGAUGAAAUUUAUGAUGCAAUAGAUGAGAAAGAGAAGGAGCUCAAGGAGAAACUUGAUCUUGACAAGGAAAGGAAAGACAGAACAUCAGAAGAAAUGGCUCGUGAGGCUGGCGAAUAUCGAGCUCUUUUCUCAUAGGAAUCUUGGUUACCAGAUUAAACAUGGUGAGAUAUCACUUUGAAACUUCUAUAUAAGUAAGAAUGAGGGCAGUUAUUGGAACAUUACAUCAUAUCUUUUGGGAUUCAUGGAACCCUGAUCUACAACCAAAACUGUAAGAUUCAUGUUUUGACUAAUUAUUUUUUCAGUGGAACAAAAACAAUUGGUCUGGGUUGUAUUUUAACCUCUGUCUGUAUCACAUUCUCCUGUUCAAGGAAUGUAGUGUAACUGCUGAAUGCAUUACGUAUGGUUUUAUUAUCACUUUCUCCAUGCAAAUAACUUUCAGGCCUUUCAA